GUAAACGGCAGUUUCAGGGCCAGCGGAGCUAGAAGGGAGUCGUUUUCAAAAUCCGCCUUCAUCCUUUUUUAAACAGACUUUUUUUCAGGGUAAAAAUUACUAGAGCAUAAAGUUCACAGUUUACUCUUUUAAAUAAGCCUAAUAUUUUGAUAUUUCCCAAUUCGGAAUGUUAGAAAACGACUGGUGAAAAUUGGGUAGCUACUGUGAAGGGAAUUAGCAAGCUAGCAGGCUGUAUAAGGGGAUUCUGGCUGGGAGAGACGGAAGAAUAGACGGAUAACAAAGAACGGAUUUUCGUUGCUUUUUUUAAACACUCCGAACAUAUAUCAUUUAAAUCACUUCCGUUAAAGCUAGCUUUAUCGCUAGCUUUUUUAUUUAGCCAUUUAUCAUGGAACUGAGAGUAGGAAACCGAUACAGACUGGGAAGGAAAAUUGGCUCUGGAUCCUUUGGUGACAUUUAUUUGGGCACAGACAUCUCAGUGGGGGAAGAAGUAGCCAUCAAGCUAGAAUGUGUGAAAACGAAGCACCCACAGCUGCACAUCGAGAGCAAGAUCUACAAGAUGAUGCAAGGAGGCGGUACGUGUUUCCACACUCUGUCAGCAGCUCCUCGUGGUCUCCAUCCGGCUUCUCCAUUAACACAGACCUAUGAGUCACACGUACACACCUCACACUGCUGCCACAUACAUAAGAGCCUGUCACCUUCAGUUUCUGUCUGUCAGACCUUCAAAGUGGAGGAUCUCUUCAACUUCUGUUCUCGCAAGUUCAGCCUAAAGACUGUUCUUCUGCUGGCUGACCAGAUGAUCAGCCGUAUUGAAUACAUACACUCCAAGAACUUCAUCCACAGAGAUGUCAAGCCCGACAACUUCCUUAUGGGCCUGGGGAAGAAGGGCAACCUUGUUUACAUCAUUGACUUUGGCCUGGCCAAAAAGUACAGAGAUGCUCGCACCCACCAGCACAUCCCUUAUCGCGAGAACAAAAACUUGACUGGCACUGCUCGCUACGCUUCCAUCAACACCCACUUGGGAAUAGAGCAAUCCAGACGAGAUGACUUGGAGUCUCUUGGCUAUGUGCUCAUGUACUUCAACCUGGGCUCUCUGCCAUGGCAGGGUCUGAAGGCUGCCACAAAGAGACAGAAGUAUGAGCGAAUCAGCGAGAAGAAAAUGUCCACUCCUAUUGAAGUCCUGUGUAAAGGAUACCCAUCUGAGUUUGCCACAUACCUCAACUUUUGCCGCUCCCUUCGCUUUGACGACAAGCCAGACUAUUCUUACCUGAGACAGCUCUUCAGGAACCUUUUCCACAGACAAGGCUUUUCAUACGACUAUGUGUUUGACUGGAAUAUGCUUAAAUUUGGUGCAAACAGAGCGGCAGAAGAUCCGGAGAGAGAGCGGAGGGAUCGAGAGGAAAGAUUGCGACAUGGACGGAAUCCUGCUGCCCGUGGUGUGAUGCCUUCCAGCUCAGGUCGACCCAGAGGAACACAAGAAGUAGCACCUCCCACACCCCUCACGCCAACCUCACACACAGGAAUGGAGCGAGAGAGGAAGGUCAGUAUGAGAUUGCACCGUGGAGCCCCUGUCAACAUUUCCUCCUCCGAUCUAACUGGCCGACAGGACACCUCACGCAUGUCCACAUCACAGGCUCUUUCUCGCGUCACCCCAAGUGGCCUGCAGUCUGCCGUACCUCGAUGAGACCCUCCACACACCUCAAGAGCAGACCAACCAUGGCCCUGAUCUGCACUAGGACUUCUCCAGCAGCCUCUAACCAUGUGAAAUCAACCUCAGCAAAUCAAAUCGAAACAAGAGACUUAAUUUCCACCUUCCUCUCAAUGCAUUUAAACACACUUGAGAGUCACGCAAAUUCGAGAGAUGGACAGAUUUUGGUUUUCUUCUUUUCACACACACUCCACACACACACACAAACAUUUCCUUACCUACACUACUCCAAGACACCUGGGCACAUCAGUUGGGCUUGUUAACAUUACUUUUUGCCAGACAAUCGCUGGCGAGAUGGGAGGGACAGGGGGGUGGGGCGGGGCGUGAUUCUUGGCCAUCACUGCUUUCAGCCCUCUGACACACACCAGAAGGAGAGGGCCAUCCGCCUGCCAUCCAGGGGCCUCUUCGCAAAGCAGAGCUUCUUGGCUAAAGCCAUGUACAACAGCUCUGAUUGCGCAAUUCACCCUCUCCUGUUGCAAAAAAAUUACUUUUACACAGCUUGGAAUGCAGCUGUACUGAUAGCCAUUGACAUUUUGCUUACCGUAAUCUUUUAUUUUUGUCUUUUUGUUUAUGUACAACAGAGAUUAAAUUGAUUUCACACUGGUUACAGUUUUUUGCAGGUGAAUCUUUUUCUCUUUUUGCUAGUUUAACAGCAUUAAGCUUAAUGAAAUGUGCAGAAUUAAAUUGAACGUUUGAAAGCCUGUUUGUUCAUGUGGCAGGAUGAAGGCAGUGUCCUUUUUAUGUCAUUUUGUAGUUUAUUAUGUCGAAGGCCAGACAGAGAAACAUACAGCAAAGGUUCGAGUAGUCAUACCCACAAUACCACCUUCACACCUUUUUAGAUUAUUUUUAGUUUGUUGCACCCAUCAACCUGGCCUCUUUAUCAACUCGAUUAUCAACAAUUGCUCAUUGAUUUUAUUGCAUUCCCUCAAGCUUUUUUUUUUUGUUUCUCGAAAGCUGUGAAAUGCCUGUAUUGUACAGUUGUUGAUGUUAUUAAUGUUGCUCUUUGUUUCUUUUUACCCCCUGAACUAAGCUUAGUGCUUUUACAGUAAUGCAGGCACACAUGGUUGGGUCAAGACUGUUGGACAAUGUCACUGAAAGACAUUUAUAGCCGUUUAAGAAGUCCAAUAAUGAGAAAAAGAGCUUAAUUUUUCUGACCUGAGGGUAUAAACAUGAAAAACUUGGGGCAUUUGUUGAGACAAACGGGCACAUUUUCUUUUAACAUUUUGUGUUUGGAUUUGGAAAUGGAUGUCCUGAGCCCAGCUUGUCUCAUUGAGAAUACACCAGCCAUCAUUUAAGCCAUGCCUGAUUUGUUUUUGUUUUCUUUUGACUGACACUUUUAACAAUUGCGAUGCAAGUUUUUGUUUUUCUUCAACUUUAUUUACUGAGUAUUACCAAUGCUUUUAGUACUACUCUUCCCUUGUUUCAGAAGUGUGGUUCCUUGACUUACUGGUGCUAUAAGUCACAGGACGUGGAAGGCGAGCUGCCUGUCUGUAUCAUUCAGCAGAGUAGAGCAUAGGCUUUUUCUGUAGUCAUGGGGGGGGGAUAGUGGUGAAACUCUUAAAUUCUGUUG